AUUUUAAUGAUUUAGUUCAUUUUCAAAUCAAAAUAACAUUAACAUUCACAUUUUUUCUAUAACAACUUUCAUUAUUUGUUCCACUAUAUAAUCAAUAGUUCAUUCUGAGAUGAGACAUGCAAGGAGUUUCCAAACCCCAACGGCUGGAGCUCUGUUGAAAGUAACCACAGUGAAACUGAAGCUGCCACUGAAACCACCUUCGACAUAAACCUAAUUCACAUUAUUCGCAAAAGACCCACUUUAAACAAGAAGUAUGUACAACAAUGUAAUGAAAAAUGGUUAAGGGUGACAAGUGGUUGCCAAUGUAGAGGAACAAUACAUAGAAAGGAUUAUGCAAUUUUCCAUUACAUAAACCCUUAUGAUGGCCUUUACAACCUAAAAUAAGUUUGGUAUUUUAAUGUUAUGUAGAAGGAAAAUAGAAGAAAAGAAGAAUCAACUAUAGAAUGAAGAUAAUAUGAGUUCAAACUUUACACCAAACCCACAGAACAUGUUGGUUUCUUCUACACCUAAACCAUCACUUCAGUGCACAUAUAGGCAACACUUUCAAAUUUUCAUAUGUUCCACAUUUUUACUGAAGUGCUUUCAACAACUCCUUCAUCACUUCUUUUUUUUUUAGAAAAUAUUCUUCAUCAUUUACGAACUGAAAAUAUAGAAAUACAUCUCCACAAAGACUAUGUACAAAAAAACACACCAAAAUAAAUAUCAUAAAUCAUUUGUUCUCCAACCAGCAUCAAAAGCUAAAUAGACUUGCAAAAUAAAUUCUAUAUAUCACGGUUCAUUCCAUCACACAAAACUCCCAAAUAAAUAAAACAGUUAUAUGGAACAAGCUGGUGACAAAAUGAAGACCAUGAUCUUUUACAAAUCAAGUUGCACCAAACUUUACAAAAAAAAUAAAAAUGUAAAUUAAUUAAUCCCGCCCGUAGGGCGGGCUAACCCCUAGUAUGUUAUAAAAUAUCCCUUUCUUAAGAUUUUCCCCACUUUUACCUUUAGAAACUGUGCAUGAAUCUUACUAGUUGAUAUUAUAAAUAGACUAGAGAGAAACUGAUAAACUAACAUUUACAAAAGUGAGAAAUCUAACCAACAAAAUAUUAUCAAAGGACUUUUAUUUUCAGUUCAUCAUUUUGCACUUCAUUCCUUAAACUAUGCGCAAGUAGUUUGGUUAUUUACAUUCAUAACAAAAACUAAGGAAAAAAAGAUAAUUACGAUUAAACGAUUUUUUUUUUGAACAAACGAAUCGAUUUUUUAACAGAAUAUUUUUUUGUAAUACCAUUGUUUGCUAUAUGUAUGGUUGAGUUUAAUCAACUAUUAAACGAUAUAAUAAGUAUUUGUGGCAUCAUAAACAAAAUUGAUAUAUAUAUAUACUGUAUAUGUGAAAAAAACAAAAUUCACUCGCUGCUAAUAAAUAAAAAUUGACUCAGUAAUAAAUACAAUAAUGAAUUAUAUAUCAAAUUCACUUUUUGAAAUUAUACUGUUACGAGGGCUCGAAAUAACAUCUAGUCUAAUUUAUUUCCACAUUUGAAAAUGAAAACCACAUGAACAUGUAAUAAAUAUAUUUUAUCAGCAUAUAAUAUGAAAGAACUAUAAAAUAUCGUUCAUACGUUUUUUAUUAAUGAAAUAUCAUUCUUACGUUACUGCACUCGUAUCCUAGUAUCCCACUCCCUUUUUUUGAAAUAUAUUUUUUCUUAUGUAUAUAUAUAUAUAUAUACAUACAAAGUUAUAUAUGAUAACGUAACUAUAAUUUUAUUAAAUUAUUGUUGUUAGAACUGGCAAAAUAUUUAUAUUCUGUUUUCUUAAAUGUCUUAUAUAUUAUUUGCAAAGUGUUUUUGGAAAAUGGCAUCCAACUCUGAUAGAAAUAAACAAAUACGAUAUACAUUUUAACACUGAACCAAAUACAUGUAUUUUCUUAAAUUAAUUACCAAACAUCAUCUAUAAUUGAGCAAUACAUAUAAUAUUUUGUCAUAUACUUUUUACUGGACCAAGAAUAUUUUUAGGAAUACAUGUUUAGUAAAUUGAAUAUGAUUUAAAGGUUAGUUUCAUAAUCCAGAGAAAAACAAACAAAAUAUGUUUCUUUGUGUUCUUAUAUCAAUAAAAUUCUAACCAAUUACUAUAUUUAAAAUUUGAUAAGAUAUUUUUUUAUUUUAAGGAUUAAUAUUUUCUCAAUCUUUUGGCAAAAAAAAAAACUGAAUCAACAUAUCUGAUGGAAAAAUGAACAUAUACAGUAUAAAAUUUUAACCACUUAACUAAAUGCAUGUAACUAGUUCAUAUAAUUAUUAUUAUCUAUAUUUAGACAAAAAUUGUAAUUAUAUUCUAUUUUUAUUUGGACUAUUCUAGGAAUGUAUGCUUGGAAAGUUGAAUAUGCCUUACAUGCUAAGUCUCAUCAUUUAGAACAAAUAAAGAAAAUCAUCAUAAUUCAUUUUUGUUUGUCUCUGUUAUAAAUUUAGAAAAGGUUAUAUCAAAUUAUAACUAUUUUAAAAUUGUGUAUAUAUAUCUUCCUUUUUUUGCUUCUUGACUUUAUUUGAUAAAAACCGCUCUAAUUAAUUUAUAGCUCAAUGAUUCUGCACCACUCAAACAUAACAACUUCGAACAAAUGUUACAAAAUUAUAUGCAUGAUUAUUGUUUUAUAUAAAAUCUGGGGUUUGAAUGAAAUUCACUGGCCUAUAUUUACCCACAAAGAAAUAUUAAAAUACAAAUUUUGAAAACUGAUUUUUGUGGCCAAUCUUCAAAAUCUAAUUUUCCUCUUCCCCUUAUAUAUGGUUGCAUUAUUUCUCAUUGCUCAAAUCCUCUCAUCACCCUUUGGUAAAUAUACAAAUCUGACCUAUUUAUAGCCUCCCCAUCUGUUUAUUUGCUUCAUCUGGGUUCCUCUUCAAACAUACGCAUCAACGUACCUUCCAUUAUAUUCUCUAUGCAUUGCUUCACCAUUAAAAGGAACCCAAAGGUUUGAUUUUUAUGAAUAUUCAAGGGUGAAUGGUCAGCAAAGGGAUGGCAGCAUCAAGCUCUUGUCUUAAGCAAGGGUCAGUUCCUAUGGACAAUAUUCGCAUUACACCUGAAGCAACGUAUGAAGCUGUGGUUGCUGACCCUAAGCUCUUCAUGGGUUCAUUGGAAAGGCUACACUCUCAGUUGAGUACUAAGUUCAUGGUUCCCAUCAUAGGAGGGAGAGAUUUGGACUUGCACAAGCUUUUUGUUGAGGUAACCUCUCGUGGUGGAAUCAAUAAGAUACUUCAUGAAAGGAGAUGGAAAGAAGUGACUGCAACAUUUGUCUUUCCACCAACAGCUACAAACGCAUCAUAUGUCCUGCGCAAAUACUACUUCUCCCUCCUUAACAACUAUGAGCAAAUCUAUUUCUUCAGAUCCAACAGCCACAUUCCUCCAGACUCUCUCCAUACCCCAUCUGGUGCACCAGGGCUUAUGCAGGGGGGAGCCAUGAGACCUCCACAAGAGCUUCAAGGUUUAGCCUUUACACCACAACCAAGAAUCAACCCUGGAGGAGUUUUAAAUGGUGCUGAUGUGUUUGGAGUUGUGGAUGGGAAAUUCGAAGACGGUUACCUUGUAACUGUGACAAUGGGAUCAGAGCAGCUCAAAGGAGUUCUCUAUCAGCUUGUUCCAGAGAACACAGUCGCUGCUCAUCAGAGUCAUCACGGUGGCUUCACCAACGCUUGGAACAACAAUGGUCCUUACCCUCAGGGGGUUGUUACUGGAGGAGUGGCGAAGCGCCGCAGGAGAAGGAAGAAGUCAGAGAUCAAGAGGCGUGAUCCUGCUCAUCCGAAGCCUAACAGAAGCGGUUAUAACUUCUUUUUCGCCGAGCAGCACGCAAGGCUGAAGCCGCUGCAUCCCGGUAAAGAUAGGGAGAUCAGCAGGAUGAUUGGUGAGCUCUGGAACAAGCUCAAUGAGCAAGAGAGAUUGGUGUACCAAGGGAAGGCGAUGGAGGACAAAGAGAGGUACAGAACUGAGAUGGAAGACUACAGAGAGAGGCUUAGGACAGGACAGCUUAUAAGCAAUGCUGUUCCGUUGCAGCAGAGGCUUCCUGAGCAGAAUGUAGAGAUUGCUGAAGCUGAUGUUCCGAUAGAAGAAGAAGAAGAGGACGACGAAGGGGAUUCAAGCGGUGUCUCAGGGGAAAGCGAGCUACAUUCUGAUGCUGAGAUGGAGGAGCCAUCUCUUGCUCCUUCAGGUGUGAACCUUAACCCUAAUCCGAGUGAGAUAGUGGUGGCUCCUAAGGAGAAAGCGAGUGAUGUUGUUGUGAUGGAAACGUCUCCGGUGAAGAAAGCUGAAGAGGCGACUGUGGUGGUGGCUGCUGAGCGGAACUGAAGAUUCUUCUCUUGUUUCGUUUUGGUGCCGCAGGUAAGAAGGUUAGAGAGAGGAAAGGGUUUUAUAUGGUUACUUGUGGCAUAAGACAUUCUCUUUUGUUUUAUUUUAGAUUUCUUCUGCAACAAGGCAUGUUUGUUUAGGAGUGUACCUUUUUUAUUUUGUAAACAUUUUGUUGGUCUGCUGAGACUUGUUUUGUUG